CUAAGCGAGAGCUCCGACUCCUCCUGCCUAUAUCAGCUCCUCCACCAACUCCAACGCCCGAUCUCUCGCUCUCUGAACGUCGCGAUUGUCGUUUAUACCGCAAGGCUAUACUUUCUCGCUCUUAUAUCUCCCCUGCACUCCGAUACGAUGGCCGCCGACGACAGUAACAAGGCCCAGACCAAGUGCGUCACUCCAGAUAUCAACAAGGAGUACUACCACACCGACGGCAACGCUGGUAGUGAUCUUCAAGUCAAGGAUAACGGUCAGGCGGGUGACGACGACGAGGGCGAUGGCGAGCAAUCCGAUGAUGUCGACAUGGACAGCCACAAUGCCGACUCAUACGAAGCGUACAUCAAGAAGUCCAAGGAGCUCAAGAGUCAGCUGCGAAUGCAUUUCAGCAAUAACAACAUGGCGCAGUUUGAUCGCAUCCAGCAGGAAUUCCGCGAACAUGACUUGCUUGGUGAAUUAGAGGCCGAACUGCUUGAUCUGGACACUGCAGCAGCAUUAAUCGCUCUCAGUCGCAGUAGUACUGAUUAUCGAUGCGUUCCUCCCCGCCCCACUGUCCGUAUCCUACUUCAACCUUCUGCUCAAUCCUUCUACGCACACUUGUUCCGCUCGAGCAACGCUGGCGGCGGCCCAUCGACUUUUGGGCCGGCAAGUACCGCUGUGACAGAUCAAACGGCUCCUUCGACCCAACACCCUGCGACCGCGUCACUAGUCGCCGUACAAGCUCCUGCUCCUGUUUUUUCAGUCCCUGUUCUUGCAGCUCCACAAGCCUCGCCGCCAACAACCCUCAAUUUCCUCCCCCUGCCUCCGGUGGAUAUCUCUGACAACGUUUCUCUUGGAGGUGGUACAGGAGCCCUGAACGGUCCCAACAAGACUCUGUACCUCAAGGCGCCACCCCCAAGCCUCGACUACAACCUGCUCUCUUUCGAAAUCACCGUCAUGGAGAUGGCUACGUACAUUCCAUUAGCAUAUCGAUGGUAUGGUUUCACGUCUCGCGCUCGCGCCAACGGAGCCCUCAUGGUCAUUGCGAGAAUGAUGUUAUGGGCGCGAGGCCUUGAAAAUGGUCCUGACCUUACGAAGAACGUCGACAGGCUCCGUAGUACCUUGACCAAGAUGAGUAAAGAGGACUACGGAUCUAUCGUUGCCAACAAGUCUGCCUCCUCUUGGGUCCCUGCCCCUAGUAUUUUCACCGGUGGCGCACAAAAUCUGAUGGCAGAUGUACCCCUACUUCGACUUCGCCACGAACUUGCUGUUGGUCGCGCCCCUCAAGGUCAGCAUUGUGGUCGUCUCACCAUCGCCAUCGAACAUGCACAUACCAAUAAGCAUUGGGGUGUCAUGCUGAGCCAGGUUCAUGCGUACAUUCAACAGUGCAACCUCCCCGUACCUGCACCCCUUGCUGCAAGUGCCGAUGUGGAUACCAUCAACGACUUCAAGGUCACGUGGCGCGCGGCUCACCCCCUCCCCCCAAGCCAUAGGUCUCGCAGGGUAUGAUGCAGACGUUCCGGCAUCUACAAACUUCUUCUGGAGCGAUAUGAGGGCACAGAAGGUACGAGUUACCGAAGACUUGUAUCUUUAGAGUCACGAUAUCACGGCCGGCCAGAGCAUUGCAGGCGUCACACGGUAUU